AUGCCAGCCAUCGGACCAGACUCGCUCGUCGUCGUCACGGGCGCAAGCGGCUUCCUCGCCGUCCACUGCGUGCACCAGCUGCUGGAGCGCGGCCACCGCGUGCGCGCGACGGUGCGCUCGACGGACAAGGGCGACUACCUCCGCCAGCUCUUUGACAAGCGCCACCCGGGCAAGUUUGAGUACGUCGUCGCCGAGGACCUCGAGACGCCCGGCGUGUUUGACGACGCCGUCCGGGAUGCCGACGGCGUCCUGCACACGGCCUCGCCCUUCCACAUGAACACCGAGGGCCGCGCAACCGAGACACUGAUCAAGCCCGCGCUGCGGGGCACGACCAACGUGCUCGAGUCGAUCCUCAAGAGCAAGACAGUCAAGCGCGUCGUCGUUACGAGCUCCUUUGCGGCGAUCCUGACGUCGACCAAGCCGCCGCCGCAGCGCUACACCGAGGCCGACUGGAACUCGACCUCGGUCGAGGGCCACGAGCGCGACGGCGACAACCAGGUGCCCGUCGAGGCGUACCGCGCCUCCAAGACGCUGGCCGAGCGCGCAGCCUGGGACUUUGUCGCGACGCACCAGCCCUCGUGGGACCUGGCGACGAUCAACCCGCCCUUUGUCCUGGGCCCUGUCCUGCAGCAGGUCGCCUCGGCCGAGCGGCUCAACACGAGCAUGGCCCUCAUCUGGGCCUUUACCCACGGUCAAAAGACGGACGCGGACCUGCCUGCGCCCUCGGGCUCGGUCGUCGAUGUGCGCGAUGCGGCCCAGGCCCACGUCGAGGCACUCCUCCGUCCCCAGGCAGGCGGGGAACGCGUGGGACCCGCGGCGCAGACGUGGACGCACCAGGACCUCGUCGAUGCCCUCCACGCGUCCGCCGUGGUGCCCGAGGCGUGGAAGAAGCAGACGCCCGUGGGCAAGCCGGGCAGCGGUAGGGGCCUGCCCGUACACGAGCUCGUGGGCACCAAGGCCGAGGAGCUCCUGGGCAUCCAGUACCACGCCUUUGCCAAGACGGUCGACGACGGCGUCCGCUCGCUCCUCGACCUCGAGCAGCGCGGCUGGAAGGGCGUGCCCGACGAGGCCAUUGUCUAUCUGUAGCGCUCUCAUUCUCUCUCUCCCACUCCCGCGCCUUAGCUGCUCUGAGACAGAUUAUCGGGUAGCUUAAAUUAAAAGAAAGGGCAAAGUAAAGCAAAAAAUUUCAUGUCUCGCUG